CACGGUGGCGAUGUGCAUCCGCUCACUCUCGCCCUGGCUCUGUGGUCACGCCCACCGUUCUACCUGUCCGCCAAUCAAAGAGCUCGUUUUUAUGUCGCAGCACGCUUGCUAGCGGAAGUAGCAGUGGCACCACAGUUGACACAAACAACCUCAGUCUUUAUAAAUAAGAUGGAGGUGGAUCAGCUGCUGUCUCUCUCAGGUUCAGCUCUGGUUCAGGCCAUCAGCUCUCUGCUGGAAACCCCAGGCCUCUAUGUUUUCUCAGACAUACUAGAACUGCCCAACGUCCGUGAGCUGGAGACGGGUCCCCAUGCUCCAGUGUACCAGCUUCUCAAUCUUUUUGCGUAUGGAACCUACUGCGACUAUAAAGAGAGGGCAGCCUCACUUCCUGAACUCACACCCGCCCAGAAGAACAAACUCCGUCACCUGUCAAUCAUCAGCCUGGCCUCCAAUCUAAAGUGUCUGCCGUAUUCACUACUGCUCCAGCAGUUAGAGCUGAAGAAUGUGCGCGAGCUGGAAGACCUGCUGAUCGAGGCUGUUUACAGUGACAUUAUCCAUGGGAAACUGGACCAGAGGAACCAGCAGGUCGAGGUCGAUUGCAGUAUAGGUCGAGACCUGGGCCCCAACGAAUUACCCAACAUUGCCAACACACUGCAGGAGUGGUGUGCAGGCUGUGAAGCAGUUCUGUGUGGCAUUGAGGAGCAGGUGUCAAGAGCCAAUCAGUACAGAGAGAGCCAGCUCAAGGUCAAAGUUCAAGUGGAAACAGAGACCUACUGUGAGCUAUGA